GGGAACUCGGAAGGGAAAGGGGAGACUGGUCGAGAGAGCCAGCCACUAUGUCCUUCCCGCACUUUGGACACCCAUAUGGCGGUCCUUCCCAGUUUCUGGUGUCUGCAAGUUCCAGUGCCACUUGCUGCGAAACAGCCCCUCACUCAGCCUCAGAUGUGCCCUCAGGCUCCACCCCAGCACCCUCUCUUUGCUGUGCAUCCUAUGACAGCCGGCUGCUGGGCAGUGCAAGGCCAGAGCUGGGCACUGCCUUGGGCAUCUAUGGAGCCCCCUAUGCAGCUGCUCAGAGCUAUCCUGGGUACCUGCCCUAUGGCCCAGAGCCGCCCUCGCUGUGUGGGGCACUGAACCCUCAGUAUGAGUUUAAGGAUGCUGCUGGAAGUUUUGCCCCCAGUCUGACCCAACCAGGAGCCUAUUACCCCUAUGAACCAACUCUGGGGCAGUACCAGUAUGACCGGUUCGGUGGGGUGGAGCUGAGUGGUGCUGGCCGCAGGAAGAACGCCACCCGGGAGAGCACCAGCGCGCUCAAGGCCUGGCUCAAUGAGCACCGCAAGAACCCGUACCCCACCAAGGGCGAGAAGAUCAUGCUGGCCAUCAUCACCAAGAUGACCCUCACCCAGGUGUCCACCUGGUUCGCCAACGCGCGCCGGCGGCUCAAGAAGGAGAACAAGAUGACUUGGGCGCCCAAGAACAAAGGCGGGGAGGAAAGGAAGGCAGAGGGCCGGGCAGGGGACUCUUUGAGCUGCCUGAACACUGACAUGAAAGACGCUACUGCCAACCAGGAGGCCCAGGGGCUGCGUCUGAGUGACCUGGAAGACCUGGAGGACGAGGAGGAAGAGGAGGAGACCGAAGAAGAAGAGACGGUGGCCACAGCUGCGGGCAGACUGGCGGAGUUUCAUCAGGCCGUCCAGUCCCUGCCCGCGCCCAGCGACACAGUUCGUGAGGGCGGCUUGGAGAGUGGGGAGUGCGGCCUGGAGGCACCCCGCUUCUCCUUCAGUGAGCUCCCAGGCUCAGGAGAACCUGGCCACAUGACAGCUGAGCCAGGGGGCCACGCGAUGAUCGUGCACUACCCGUACGGCCAGAAACCCCGCAUCUGGUCCUUGGCUCACACUGCGGCAGCCAGCGCCGUCGUGGAAGAUGCACCCUCAACCCGGUCCAGGGCACGAAGUCCUGAGUGCCACGCGCUUCCCCGACAACCUCUGGGUUCCGCCAGGCGACCUACGAUCCCCAGAGACUCCGCGUGCGAAGGCUCUUCCCCUGUAGUCAAAGCCUUUGGAAACUCCACAUUCGCCCUGCAGGGGCUGCCACUGAACUGUGCGCCUUGCAGGCGGAGAGAGCCUGCCGGGAGGUGCCAGUACUCUGGAGCAGAAGCAGGUUAGCGCCAUGGCUGUGAUUUGCAGGAGGAUCUUGGAACCCGGCCCCACCCACUUUUGGAUUCACACUCCUGCUGUGACCUGGAGCAGGAGUCCUCACUCUGCCUGAGAGACAAACACAGAAACCUUCCCGCAGCCAUCUUUGCACGCAGAGCUGGGGCUGGCAGCAGCCGUGCACCUGGCGAAUCAGACCCUGAGGGGAGGUGGCAGGGCACCCUGGAAAAGGCCCAGAGGGAAGGAUGGGCAAAGUAUGCCCAUUGCCUACUUCACCAAGUACCCUUUCCUCCUCUGGAUGGAGGACCUGAACUGCCGCCUCUUCCACUCACCUGGCCCCUCGCCCUGACCUGGUCACUUACUUUGUAACUUCCUUGCUGGUAUGGUCCCUAAAGACCACACGUGUCC